UCAGUCCAUCACACAGACAAGGCAACUCCUUGUGGCCCUGACAGCCCUCAGCAUCUGUGGAAACUCAACAAGCACUUCCCAGCAUCGCAACAUGCCCUCUCAACUUAAUGCGUACCUGCUCUCUGCAGUGUUGCUAGCAGCUCUGCUACCGAGUGCUCCUGGAGCUCCAGUUGAAAACAUCACCACUGAGAGUGUGGAAGACGGCCCAUCAGGUGAGGAGGUGGAGGCCCCUCAAAUGCUGAGUGCCGACCCAGUUUGGUACUCAAUGCUUGGCCCAACCGAAGGCCACCAAAAGGAGUUUGAAGCUGAAUUUCAAAGUGGAAUAAAAUUUACAUCUCUGGAGCAGUACAAGAUCCCCUCAAUUCCAGAAAAGUGCCUCAGUUCUUUCAAUAUGGAGGCUUGUCUCCAUAGGCUGGUUGAAGGCCUGAACAACUAUACAGUUCUCCUCAGACAUGUGGAGAGGGAGUAUCCCAACAAUUUAAUCCUCUUGGCUGCAAAAUCUCACAGUAGGCACCUGAUCAGCCUGAUUAAAGGAAAGAUGAGGCACUCUGAACGGGUCACGGCACUGACCAGCAGCCAGCAGGAGCAACUGCUGAGGGACAUUGAAAAUGACACCACCUUCCACAGCAGGAUCACUGCACACAGUAUCCUCAGGCAAUUCCGCAACUUUCUUGUCGAUGGCAAAAGAGCGAUUUGUCAGAGAGAAAUGAAGAAGUGCGGCCAUCGGUGUGCUGCAGAGUGUACCAAACAUUAA